UUGGGGGCGGAAGGAGGGAGAAGGUGGGGGGAGAUAGGAGGUAAAAAAUCUGUAGCAGGGGAGUCGGAUGGUUUCGAAGGGACAGAGAGCAGGGGACCGACUGUGAGGGGUCCCAUCAAGAGGUCUGGACUCUGCACCGAACCAGCAUCAGGGAUGUAGUCGAAGCGGUCUGGAGCUCAGCCCAUCCGAGCUCAUCAUCAUGAAGAAACACUCCGCCAGGGUUGCCCCGCUGUCCGCCUGCAACAGUCCGGUGCUCACCCUCACCAAAGUGGAAGGAGAAGACCGGACCAGAGAGAAUGUGGUGGGCUCCAUAGAUGCACAGUCGGCCAGUGCAGCUGGGGCAGAGUCCGCCUCCGGCAGGCGGAGGCUACACUGUUGCAUCAGAGUAACAGCCGUGCAGGUGCAGAAGGCCCUGUGGGGGGUCGCGAUGGUGAUGUGCGUGUGCUCGUCCUGGGCGGGCUCCACCCAGCUGGCCAAGCUGACCUUUAAGCAGUUUGAUGCACCCUUCACCCUCACCUGGUUCGCCACCAGCUGGAACUGCCUCUUCUUCCCCGUCUACUACAUCGGCCAUUUGUGCAAGAGUCCAGAGAGGCAGACGCCCAGGCAGAGAUUGAGGGAGUGCUGCAGGUUUUUUGGGGAUGAAGGCCUGACCCCCAAGGUGUUCUUCACCAAGGUAGCUCCCUUUGGCCUGCUGUGGAUACUCACCAACUACCUGUACCUGCAGGCCCUCAGGAAGAUCAACACAACAGAUGUUUCAGCACUUUUCUGCUGUAACAAGGCCUUCGUCUUUCUGCUGUCCUGGAUUGUACUCAGAGACCGCUUUAUGGGGGUCAGGAUAGUAGCGGCUAUCUUGGCCAUAGCAGGCAUCGUCAUGAUGACCUAUGCUGAUGGGUUUCACAGCCACUCAGUCAUCGGCAUCACUCUGGUCGUGGCAUCUGCUUCAAUGUCAGCACUAUACAAGGUGCUCUUCAAGAUGGUCCUGGGCAGUGCCAAAUUUGGAGAGGCUGCACUCUUCCUGAGCAUUGUUGGAAGCGCCAACUUUGUUUUCAUCAGCUUUGUGCCAGUAAUCCUGUAUUUUACUCAUGUGGAGUACAUUAGCUCACCUGCAGAUAUCCCCUGGACCUACCUCUGUGGAGUUGCAGCCUUGCUUUUUGCUUUCAACAUACUAGUGAACUUUGGUAUUGCAAUAACAUAUCCAACAUUAAUUUCCCUUGGCAUCGUUCUAAGUGUCCCUGUGAAUGCAAUGGUUGACCUCUACACCUGUGACAUCAAUUUCAACACGGUGCGCCUCAUUGCUGUGUUCAUAAUCUGCCUGGGUUUCCUUAUGCUGCUGCUACCAGAGGACUGGGACCAGUGUAUCAUCCGGCUCACUACGAAACUGCGCAAACGGGAUGACCCGGCCGAGGCUGACGGGGAGACGGGCGCCAACGCAGGCCUCAACUGGAGGGGGAGAGGCAGGACCUCCCUGUCAACAUAUGCUCGUUGACUCCAUUAUAACCAAAGGGGGAACAUUAAUACAUCUGAUCUGGCUAGUAGCCUACACUGUGUUUUGCAAAGCUUGCAUUGGUUUGGACUGCUCUGUGAUCAGAAAAUUCAGCAAAGGGGGAGAGGUGUAGGAGGUUCAGAUUGCAUAGGAUUUAAUCACAUUCUCAACAGCUUUCUUUCUUAAAAAUGUUAUCAAAUCUACUUUAAAUUGUUCUAUUGAUUCAUCAUAUCCUGAAAAGACUUGCCAGCUUGCCCAAUUAAUCCCAAUAACAAGAAAAAUGAUAGGUUUGCAUUCACUCACAGUUUGAUCCAAGGAAACUUGUCUGAGAACCAAGGAAAGCCCAUCAGGUUUCAUCCAAUCUUGAAUACCUGCCUUGUCUGUACUGUACAUAGGUCUAUUUCACACCUUGCUGGGGGAGCUAUGGACCUGAUGGGCUCAUUUGGUGUGAAGGGAUCUGUCUGAUUACUUGAGGAUCAAUCAAAGCUAAAAACACAUCUUUUCAAAAUGCCUUUCUUUUUGAUUAGCAGAUUUGGCCUCCUGUGGGUGUGGGCUUUCAUGAGGUUAAACUUCCACAAUAAACAUGCCGCUAAGGACAACAUGAGAUGCAGUGUCUAUAAAAAAAAACUUUUUUCCACAUUUUGUCAAAUUACAACAAAUCUCAAUGUAUUUUUUUUAGGAUUUAUUGUGAUAGAGCAAUACAAAGUGAUAGAUAAUUGUAAAGUGGAACAAAACAGAUGAGCUUGAUGCUGCCACCACCCUGGUUUCACCAUUGAUAUUCUGUUGGUGUAGAUUCUCUGUCCCUUAGGACAUGACAGUUCCAUAGCUAUUGGACAUGUUCUCUUGUUUCUCGAAGAUGUUUCCGGCUCUCAUCAAAAACAUUUUUUUUUUCUGAUUGAGAUAGCAGCGAAAAAAGGCGUCUACGUCAACCAUAAAAAAUAGCUUCAACAUAACUGCAACUUGGCAGUCAGCCAUUGUUGUUGCUAUUGUUUUUGGCUAGCCCGUGCAUGUGUUGAGGGAGAGGGGAGGGAAGGGAAGGGAAGGGAAGCUUGCCAGUUUGUAACUGGUUUGUGCUACAAACUGGGUGGCUUCAAACUUUCCCACUCUGAGAGCAAGUUUCAAAUGUAAUCGGUUUCACAGCCACUUAUGGUGACUGAGACUCCCUAUACAACCAACAAGUUUUGCGCAUACUCCCAAACUAGUAUUGUGUUAAGAUUUGAUCUAACUCCCACAUAGAAGCAUUGACUCCUCUCCCCAGGUGGUUACACAGCCAUUCACACCUUGAGACGUGAACAAAAACAAUCAUAUGUUGGCAUGGUUAGCUGACAUUUUUUAAUUGCCAAAUGACAACAACCUAAAUUUGAAAAAAUGGAGGGUAGGGCCAAUAACUCAUGUCCUGAAUGUCCCUAUUGGUGAUCCCAUAGGACCUGAACAGCCCUAUGAGUGAGAUUGUUCCUACUACAACUUAAACUCCAUGUUCAGAACUGAAGAAGCCUUUUAGAUGUGAGGUGAAAAAUUUUUAUUAAACAAGAGAAGUCACCUUAAUACUGUUUAUGCACCUUUGGACCAUGGGAAUUUUGUGUUCAGGGUGAUGUGUAGCGUUAUCUCCAACCAUGUAUACUUUUCUUUCCACUUAAUAAUCUGCUACUUUGCUUGGUCUAUAACAUAAAACCCCAAUAAAAUAUAUUGAAGUUUGUGAUUGUAAUAUGACAAAAUCUGGAAAGGUUCAAGAAAUUUGGGUACCUAAGCAAGGUACUUUAUUUAAACCAGUGUAUUCUCAUUCAGUUCAUAAGAUACACAAGGUUUGUUUGUUAAAUUUAAACUCAUAUGCAUAUGUGCUUCAAGAAACCCAGACAUUGGAUUGGGUCAAAAGCUUACAACAAAACCAGCGGGCCAAAUGAAAACUAACCAGUUCAUAACUCUGAACGCCAGUACAAGCUCUCCUUGAGCCUCUUAUGUUAUACAUUACACUUUCUAGACCCUUGCUCACUCAAGCAAAGCCAUAACAGUUCAGUUAAAAUGUUUUUAUUUUUGGUGAAAACAGCAGAUGAUAGAAAUGUAUCUCACUGUGGCUUUAGAAGAGAGUUUAUGAAUCAUAUUAUUUGAUCUAUUUCCAGUGAUCAUACUUUGGACAUUUGUUUUGGGGGGGAAAGGUAAGCAGGAGAGCAGCUGAGGCCCUGGCCUUGUGAAGAGACACAUGUGAGUGCUGCCUUGUUGUGAAUGUACAAAUAUCACUCCACAUGUUUGCUACGAGCUGUUCUGUUUAACACAGUGCCACCAGACUGCUGCAGAGAGAUACGCUUUACUACGACUGUCCUUUUUCUGGAUGAGUUGUUGCUUUUUUCUGUGAGGGGACAAUUUCUUGAUGUAUUACUGAAGACAUUUUAUACAUUUGGGCGCUGACUCACCUCAAGGACCCUCGAGGAGGAAAACGACUGAUAACCACAGAACAAGCAUGCACAUACCAGCUGAAAUGUCCACUUCACUGCAUUUUUUGGGCUUGUUUUUUUGCAAUACAGUACAUUUAGCACUGUUUCCCAUUGUCAUUCUCUAUGACAAUAAAUAAUUAUAUUGUAUUCCUCUGGAAUUAUCGCAAGACUUAAAUGUAAACCUUUGUAAGGAAUGAUUUUUACACUGAGAUGAUGCAACAUAUGGUUAUAUCACAUCCUAGGAGUGAAUAUUUAGAGCGUGAAUAAAUGAUGGAUUUGUUA